CUAAUUACAACACCAACGUCGGGAUGGCACCGAGUGAAAAUCAAUUGGUAAGUGCAAUUUUUGCUAUACACAUUUAUAUAUUGUUGUAUUGUAAAUUAUAUAUAUGGAUUUAGCAGUAUGUGAUUUUGGCUAUAAUACGAAUAUCUCAAGUCAAAGGUUAAAUAUCCAAAAUCAGAUACCAUCACAACACGUAGCACGUUAUGUUCUAUAUUUUUGUUGACAUUUUCUCGUCAUAUACACAUCAAUUUUCACAUUUUUAGUCAAACCAAAACAGCUUAUAUGCUCUAAAAAAACCAAUAUUAAUCUAACCGUAAAAAAGCCACCGAAUUUUAACUUAAACAUUUAUUACACAUAAUACAUAAUGUAUUAUUGAUACUAAUUCAUAAUUAUAUCCGAAAAUUAGCCCUUUCCAUGACUUAGUGGCUUUUCAGUUUCCCAACACUUUGGACUCCAGAGGUUUAACAUAUUUCUCUGCGUAUAUAAUAAGUAAUAAUUUUACAUUGAUUUCGGUCAUAAUUUAAAUGUAACAAAUAUUAUGGGACCAGGGCUCAAAAAUGUAUGCAUUACGACAGUUUUAUUAACUAUCUAUAAAUUCAAGCUAAUUAAAGUACAAAUCCAUUUCAAAAAAAUAGAAUGAACAUAAUCCGUAUGAUUGGUGGACCACUGAUCACUGUUGUAAAUAAAAUGUUGGAAAGGUGGAGGGGAAAUUUUUCUUAUAUAUUGAAUUAAACAUGCCAUAAUAUUUAAGAUUUGAAAAUAAUUAAUUUCACAAAUUGUCUGGUUUUUUCCAUUUAUUAUGAAAACCACCUACAAAAUCAAAAAAUUACCUGUAUAAAGUACCAAUCCAGUCAAAUUUCCUUUCAGAAAACGUACUACAUUUGAAAAUCUAAACAAAAUUUAUUUUAAAAAAGUUGUUCACAGAAAAAUUAAAGAGCUAAUUCUGGGUACAAGUGUAGCUACUGUUGUAAGUGGGUAGUUAAGGUAGAAUACACAAAGUUAUUUAAUUUAUACUUGUAACCAACGAUAAACUAUUGGUAAUGAAAAACUAUUCAGAACAAUGUUCAGUGAUACAUGUUUUGAAAGGCCGUAAUAUUUACAGUUUUCUUCAAAAUGUUUUUACCACUAAUGAACUUCCUGUCAAUUUUUCAUGCAUUUCUGUUUAGUCUAACAAUUUUAUUCUCAAAGUACUUACCAUUGAGAUAUCAAAAAACAACUUUCUUUUACAAUGGCUAUGUGUUAAAAGGAAUAAAAUCGAUAUCUCGUCAUUUUUCGAUUGAAGCAAAAUUUUUGGUAGAUAACUUAAGUUGUAAAAAUAAAAUCAAUGAAAUUAUUAAGGCCAUGGCAAGCUGUAGAUAUUUUCCAGCUUGCUUAUAAUUUUCUAUGGGGUUUUCCCUAGUUAUUUAAAAACCCUUUGAAAAAUCAAAAAAUGACCCCAUUAAUGCAACUACUAGACAAAAUUUCUUUUCAGAAAAAGUUCUAUACUCUAUACAUUGGAGCAAGAUUUUUUUUCAAAAAGUUGUUUGCAAACAGAAAAAAAAAUCAUACAUCAUAGUAAAACUAUCUCUAAUAUCCAAGGAAAAAAAAACCAAUUUAAAAUAUCAAAGUUACAAUUUAGGGAAUAAUAUUAUAUUUAAUAAUAAUAAACAAUAUUUACAAGAAUAAUAUUUAAAAAUCACAUUCGUCAAUAAAAAUAUCAAAACAAUAUCUGUGAGUGUAUAUAAUAAUGUGAUUUUUAUAUAUUUUACUAUUAACUAAAUUUCAACUAAGUAGUCAAGAAUUACUUUGAAUGUAUAUGGAUAUGUAUAUAUAAAUAACAAUAUGAUUAUUUAUUAGUAUACUUUUAUACUUUGAUGUUUUUUUCUUCAGAUAUAUUUUCCACCUUGAUAACUUUUUCUCGAAUAUUAUAGAUCCGGAUAUUUUUACCUAGAUUCAGUAAAAAUCACUAUGCUCCAAAUCUUAAAAAUAAAAAUAAACAUCAUUUGAAAACCAAUACGUUCCUCGCUUCGCUCAGAAUUUAAAGUUUAAUAUUGUAUAUUAUGUUUGCAUAGUUUAGGUACUUUGGCAUGGAGUAGAUUUUUUAAAGUUACUAAGACAUAAUUCAUUACAUUUUGUAGUCUACUAGAAAUCGUGCACAUCUUGAAAUUCAAAAGUAGCUUGUUUUCUGAAAGAGAAUUUUAUUUAUUUGGUGUAUGAGAAAGAAGUUUUUUUUUUUAUUUUACCAUGUAGUUUUCUUAAUAAGCGGGAAAAAACUUAUCAAAAACAGUAAAGUCUGGAUACGAACCUCAUUUUUGGUAUAAUUUAAUAUUACCUUAAAUAGACAGAAACUGAGAGACGGUAAACGAGCGUUCGACGUCCUCGAUAAUAUAACUUAUCUAAAUUGUACGUAGGUACUUAAAAUAUUAAAGAUUCUACGCGAAACAUGUAAUUUAUUUAAUGGUGUAUUCGCUAAUCGGUAAAACUUCAAACUAUAAGUACGUAAGUCCUACUAUAUAGUUAUUAUUCCAUAUAGGUUCAGUUAAGUCUAAUUUAAAUUCUCGAAUAAAAAUGAUUCCACGUCGUAAACGACGAUAUAUUAUUAUUAUGAGUACAUAGUAACGUUUCUGUAAACUCGAAAUACAUUCGGCCACUUAUGCCUUCGCAAGUCCUAUAAAAAUAUUAUUUAUGCUGUUGUAAGCGCGGUGGCCGUAAGAAACAUUGACAUCAAACAUAAUAUAAUAGAUAGGCAUAUCCCAUGUUGAAGUUUGAUACGAUGAAAGCACUUCUGGUGGUUGUGAAAACAACCGUCCACUACACAUUUUGAUACAUUCUCUGUGUUGUUUAUUUUAAGUAUAUUUCCAAAGAAAUUAUAUUGUAAAUAAUAUUUAAAUAUAAACAUAUUUAAUCACAACAUUAUGUAUUCAUAUUAAAACAACAAUAUACGACAAAACUUAGAUCAUAGACAAAAGUGUCCGCAAUAACUUGAUGAAAAAUGUGAAAACAUGAUUCAAAUCAUGUGAUGAUAUUCAUUAAUCACGGUACAGAGCACGACCAAUGGUUCUACCACGUUAACUACAUCAUACAAAUAACUCCUAUAUAAAGUUAUAUAGUUAUACUAGCCAGAUACCAUAGUCACGACCAAUCCCCGAGGUAUAAAUAACCGAUUUCAAACGAUUCCAUUUUUACUGCGACGUUAUAUUAUUAUGACAUAACCACUACUAAAAUAUUAUGAUAGCGUAUAAGAUAUCGACAUACGUAUACUCACAAAAUAUCAAUUUUAGUAAUGACGCGAUUGUAUAGACGCGCCGUGCUAACCUAUAAAUAACUAAAAACAGUUCGGUAUAAAAUAUAUAUUAUUAUAUUAUUUUUACAGCCACCGAGGGCGCCGUUUAUCCGGUCCUGAUAAACUAUUCAAACGUUUAUAUACUGAAAUACUAUAUAUUAGGUUUACUACGGUUAACCUUUUCGGAAGAAUAUCACACAUAGGAGGCUAUAUAGGAGUCGAGUUUAAUUAUUAAUUCAGCGAUAUCGUAUACCUAGCUACCCGUCUACCUUUAACUACCCAUCCAUGCAUCCAGUAGAUUUGGAGGUAUUUCGCUCUGGAAAAAAAACUAUCAUCGAGAAUAUUUUAUGUUGUCUUGUCCAGUACCGCGAGGAAAAAAAUGGUAUUUUAUUGUUUAUUUGAUUAUUUAAUAGUCAUGGGAUAGAUCCAAAAAUUCAAGUGGUAUUAUAUUUAUAAUAUAUUGAUCCGAGUGUCUGCAAAAAAGCAUACAUGAUAUAAACUAGUCAUGUACUACCCAUCUCGAUAAAAUAUAUUACAUAAAGUUUAAGUCAUUCGUAUAGUAUUUAAAAAUAUAAUAUGGAAAUCGUAUUUGUUUUAUAAACUGUACAUGUUUACCAUAAGCGUGCACAUGGGGGGCAGGUGGGCCAUAGUACCUCCUGAGAGUCAAGCUGUACUACAUAGUGGCGUACCUUUCUUGUUAAUUCCACAAAUGCAAAACUUAAAACUUUAAAAUCAAUAUCAACUAUUAAAUGGGCCAGUCGCUCUGAAGCUGUAAGUACCAUGAAAUGUAACUGCUCUUCUCUUCUCAUUGCUAUUGAUAAAAUAACUAAUUCUACUAAUCAAGCCCGUAUACGAGUAAAGGGUAUACUUUCUUAAAAGAAAAGUUUUGUAUUUAUAUUUCUCUUUGAAAUGCUUAACCCCAUCGUUUCUUUAAUAUUAAAAACCAGUUCAUAAUUACAACCACCUGAUAUAAAUUCGUUAACGACUAUGCAAUUUGUUGAAACCUUCAAAAAAAAAAAGCUCAAUUCAAUGAAAAACAACAAUUCAUAUUUUGAGAAUUUUAUAAUGAUUCUAUCAUAUUGUAUGAUGAUAAUAAAAUUAAAAUUUCAGUAACAAGACAAAAAAAAAUGUUUUAAAAAAUAGGAAGCUUAAGUCAGACACAACACAUCUUCAACACAAAAGAAGAUGAAAUGAGAAAAGUUUGAUAAACUAUUUUAGACAAUAUGAUUGUACCUUUAAAUAUCAGGUAUAGUCAAGAAAUUAUUGAAAUAAUAAAAAAUGUCACUAUGUUAUUAAAUUUUUAAAUUAGUAAUACAAAUAUUAAUUUGUUGAAUGAUACAUUAAUAUUGACAGUAACGCACUUAAAACUGAAAUUAACCUAUUAAAACAUACUGAAAAUUUACCAAACGAUUAAAACAUAAAUAUUGAUAAAUACAUUAAAUAGCUAUCAGAACCCACCAGUUAUGGAAGAGAAACUAUAUUUAUUAAUUUAUUCAAAAUACUAAAAAUAUUUUUUGCCAUUCUUGUGAGUUGUGCAUGCGAAAGGACAUUUUUAAAACUAAGCAUAAUAAAAACAAAUUUAAGCAAUACGAUGACACGAGGUUAUUUAACAGUUAGAAACUUAAACUCCAAAAGAAAGAAGGAUGAAGUUAUAAAGCCCUAUAUUUUAAUGGGAUUAAGUUAUUAUUAUUUAUAAUUAACUGUAGAUAUAAUUAUGUUUUAUCUAAUUUUUUUAAUUAUUUUAGAUUUAUUAUGAGGGACAAAGUAAAUUCAUUUAUUUGGAAUUUGUGUCCAAUCAUUUUUUUCCCUUCCCUCCUAAAAACAUAUGGCUCAUUUUAAUUUUAUGGUCGUGAAUUAUGACCUUUGGGGGACUAAUCCCUUUUCUUUCCCACCUUCAUUUAUGCCCUUGAUACAAAUUCAACAUUAAAUUGACCCACCCUGCCACAAAGGUCUGCGCACGCUUCUGGUGUUUACGUCAGGAAAUAAUAAUAUUUAACACUAGUGGGAUUCCGCUUUUUGUAGAGCCGGAUUUAUUGGUUUUACUAUGAUGUGUUUUUUUUUUUUUUUUUGUCUGUGAACAACUUUUCUUCCAGAAAACUUGUGAAAUAUAGACUAUAGCACCUUUCCAGAAAUAUUACUCCAAUCGAAAAAUGACAAGAGAUCGAUUUUUCCUUUAUAAUACUUCGCAACUAACAGAGUAAACUAUUUUCAAUAUCAAAAGAAGUUUUUGUAAUAAUUGGGAGAAUCAACAAAUUAAAAUUGAUUAAUAUAUACAGCAACGUAGCGUUCCGCGUUAAUUAUUUUAAUAUUUGCAACUUUUGUUUACUACCAGAAAUAUUAAUCCAAUCAAAAAAAUGGCAAGAGAUCGAUUUUGUUUCUUUUAGGUUAUAGCCGCUAACAGAGGAAGUCAAUUUUUGGUAACUAAAAUAUUUUUCAUAAAAAUUAGGAAAAACCAAAAAACAUGAAAUAUACAAUUUUUUUUUAAAUUAUGGCACAACUAUUUCAUUAUAUAAAAAUGUGUACAACUUAUGUUUUCUGUCAUAAAUAUCGCUCCAACAAUUAGAGACAUUUUUUGUUGCAUUUUUAAUGUAGUUCAUGAUUAAAUUAUUCGUUUUAUUUAAUUUUCUUUGUAAGUUUAUUAAUAAUUAGUAAAUAAUAAUAAUAAGUUUAUUAACUUAUUAAGUUAAUAAUUACUUAAGUUAAUAAUAAGUAGUUUUUACUAAAACUAAAAAAAUACGUAAAAUUAAAAUUGACAAAUUUACGGUGUUACUAUUUCAUUAUUUUAAAUUUUUACGACCUAUUUUUUCUACCAUAAAUAUUGCUCCAAUUAAAAAACAUUAAGAGAUCUUUUUUGUUGAAUUUUAAUCUAGUUGGUGAUUUGAUUUUUUUUUUUUUACUUUGUAGAUUUUUUAAUAAUUGAGCAAAAUUGAAAAAAAAUUCAGAAAGUACGGGAAAACGUACGAUAAUUAUUUUAUUAUUUUCAAUUUUGUUUUUUUAAUGUACUCUAGUUCAAUAUAUUCAAAAAGACUUUAAGUGUUGACAGAAAUAUUAUAUUUUUAUUCUUAAAUGUGGUAAAAUUUUCAAAACAUUUGAUCCACUUUCGAGCUAAUUAUAGACAUAUUAAUAUUGCGACUUUCGUACAUCAUUUUUAUUCAAUAGAUACUUUACGAAUUAAAUUGUUAGACUAAACAGCAAUGCUUGAAAUUUUAACAGACGUUUCCUUAAAUGUCAUAUACUGUGGUCAAAAAAAAUAUUGAGCUUUGUGCAGUAUUUUUUUUUUAAGAAGCAAUUUGAAUAUCAAAUUUUGACGAAAAUGGUAAAUAUCACUAAAAUAUAAGACUGUGGUCUUUCAUAACAUAUGCACCCGAACUUUGCUCCGAAUCGUUUUUUGUUAUCAGUGGUUUAUCAUUAGUUACAGUUAUAAAUUAAAUAACUUUGUGUACCCCAUCUUCCCGACUAGCCACCUACAACAGUGUUCGCACCCGUCCCCAGCAUCAGCUCUUUAAGAUUCUGAGUGAAACGAAGAAGCUUAUGGUUUAACAAUGAUGUUAAUUUUUUUUUUUCUGUGGAUAACUUUUCUACCAGCAAUAUCGCUCUAAUUGACAAUAAUAAGACUUUUUCUUAAAGGAAAUCUGGCUUGGGAGGUAAUUUUUCGAUUUUCACACAAGUUUUCCCAAUAAAAACCAUGAAAAACAUGAGAAACCCGAGAAAAUCGCAGGAAAAACGGGAAAAUAAGUACAAUAUUAAAUAAAUAUUAUUAAAGAAAAUAUAUAAUGCCUAUGUAAUUAUUUUACGAUAGUGUAACACAGAGGUGGCCAAUCCGCGGCCUGUCUUGAAAGUUUUGCGGCCCACAAGAUUUAUCAAACUUUUACAAAAAAAAAUUAUUUUUGUGUCAAUAGAAUAUUCUGAAAUGCCCACACAACGCGGUAUCCAUAUUAUUAACAACGUAAUCGCAACAAAUAUAAUAAUUAUAAUCUAAUCUAAAAACAGCAUAUACGAGUAGAUACCAACUUAAGACAAAUUAUAUUGUUAAAAUAAAACGUUACCAAUAACAUUCAUAGUCUGUCCGUUCGCUGUGACUUUUAAAGUGCGCUUAGUGUGUUGUAACUGCGGGAGAAUUAUUUUACUAAAUACAUUUUUAAAUAUUUCAAAUUUAAGUAUGAGUGUAAAGAAAAGAAAAAUAGUGGACGAAAAUAAAAAGUAUAGUGAGGAGUGUAAAGAAAAGUAUUUCUUUAUAAUUCAAAUCACAAAAUUAAUGUGUUUAAUUUUCCGAGGAAUAUUCACUGUAUUUAAGGAAUAUAACGUUAAAAGGCAUUAUGAAACAAAACAUAAUGAUUAUUUGAAAUUUGAUAAUAAAAUGAAAUAAUUGAAGCUCAGAGAAAUAAAGUCACAAUUUUAAACUCAACAAAGAAUGUUUAGUUUAGCUUUACAGCAACACAAUCAAAUAUUGUUAAAGCAAUUUAAGUUAAAGCUGUUCUGUCUCAUUUUUGAUUGCAAAAAAAAAAAUGAAAACAUUUUCGGAUGGUGAAUUUGUGAAAGAAUGUUUGGAAGCUGUAGCAAAGGAUAUUUUACCUGAUAAAAAUUGACUAUUUUCGAAUAUAAGUCUAUCCUGACAAACAGUAUUUUGUCGAAUAAAUGACAUUUCAAAUGAAAUUAUUGUAAAACUACGCGAUCGAAUUCGAGAUUUCAAAUAUUUUUUAUUAAUAUUUGACGAAAGUACAAACAUAUCAGAUACAGCUCAACUUGUAAUAUUCGUUGGUGAAGUAAAUUAAUCGUUUCAAAAUUUCAAAUAAAGAAAAAUUUUCCAAUUUGAGAAAUCUGCCACAAAUAGUUGUGAGAGUUUUUUGAUCAACUUACAUUUAUGAAUCAUUUUUUUCAAAAAUUUAAUUCGCCAAAAACAAUUACGCUCAAACCUAACAGAUGAAAACCUGCAACAUUAAUUACGAUGUGCAAAUACAAACAUUGAUAUAGAUUUGCAAAAGUAGACGAGUUGAGAAAAAAUAUCCCACUAAAUUAAAAUUAUUAUAUUAUUAACUAUGUUUAUAAAUUAUGAGUCAUAAUAAAAACAAUAAUAAUUGAUGCUAUUUAUUUUAAUGAAUUAAUACACCAAAACGUAUUUUGUUUUACUCAAAUCUAAAAUAUGUAAUUUAGUAUGCGGCCCGUGAUCUUAUAAUAUAUUUCCAAAGUGGCCCACAAGAUCAUUUGGGUUGGCCAUCCCUGGUAUAACAUAUAUAUUAUUAACAAUUCAACACUAUCCACUGAACUCAACUCAGAAUCAUUUUUUAAUAUACAUUAAAUUUCUUUUCUACUACCUCCUCAAUUAGCUACUCGCCUAUAAUAAUGACCCACCCACAUGUAAAAAUAAGUCCAUCUUUGUUUUUCUUUUUUUAGAGCUUAUAUUUUUCAAAGAAACUUAAAAAAACAACGCUGGCCAUGGCCUGGAUUCGAAUCCAUGGCUCUGUAAGGCUAUUCUGCUAAUGCAACUACGCAAAGUACGUGCGAACUUGUUUUACUUUCAUGGCAUAGUGCUGUACCUCUAAAAUUCUCACUUGACGUACUUCGCGUCCGGUUGUUUAGUUAAUUCCCUUAAAAUACACCAACUAAGACAUGUCUAAAAGUGUCACACUUGGCUUACUUGGAGUAAAUUCUAGUAUAUUUUCUAUUAGAUUACCACUCCAACUUGUGAUCAAUGAUUAUAUUCAUAUUUUUAUGAUUUAAUAAUUUUAUAUAGACAGUAUAUUAUCUUAAAUCGUAUUAUUAUAAUAGUAAAUUUCUUUUUUUCCUUUUCUUUCACCUUCAUCCCAAAUAUUUAGGGUUAGCUAUCCUUAUUCUAAACUUACACUUGACCCGAUUCCCACAUCGACCUCGCAAUAUUUCCAACCAUUUCUUUUCGGUCUUCUUAUCCACCUAUAUUCUCUUGCGUUUAUUUUCAUAUUGUUACUCCCUCUGAUUCCUCUCUUUUCAUGGCAUGCCCAAACCAUCUCAUUGACUCUUAUUUUGUCUACUAUCAAAGCCACGGAAAAGAGGUAACUCUGUUUAUCGGUUAUCAGACAAGCAAUAAAUUUUAGUAUAAGCAAACAUACGUUUAAAAUAAUUUUUCAACAAUUAAUUUAUAUUCAGUUAUUAAUGAUAUAUCUAUAAUGAUGAAAAUAAAGAAAAACAAAAAGCAGGUAUGUUCUUAUAAUAUAAAUGAGCUGAAUAAAUCCAACGAUAAUGUCAAGUCAACCAUGUACCCUUUUUUCGAAAGUAUGUGCAGAAUAGAACAUGUUUUUUUAUGUUCGAUAUGAACGUCUGCAUAAUUAUUUCCUUAAGUUAAUAUUAAAUACUUUAUAAUCAGUCCGGUUUAUUAUCUCAUCAACUAUCGAGUCACCUAGUCAUAUAAUAUAGCCUAGAUAGCUUAUAAUAAGAGAGCGGCACCCCGUGUCGUCAUUUCUGAUUGACUCCCGUUAUCAAUGAUCCAAACAAUUUUAUACCUAUGUAUAUUGUAUAUAUUUACGGAAAUUUUGACAAGAAAACGAUGACAAUUCCAAAUAAGGAAAGGAAAUGAUAUCAUUGCCAUACAUUAGAAAAUAAUAACAUUUUCUAAGGAUAGUAGUCAAUGAUACACAGUAAACUUACAUGUAUUAUGUAAUACAUAUAUUCUUCUUCUUCUUCGCUGGCAUGUACAACCCUAUUAGAGUCUUAGCCAAUACAUUGCUCGCUCCACUCAGAAUUUAAAACACAUAUACAUUAUAGUACCAAUACGUUCUUCACUCCACUCAAAAUCUAAAAGAACCGAAAAUGUCAAAUACUAAUAAAUUCCACGUCUAAAAAACGGACAUAUUAUAAUUAAUAAUCUAUGAAUACUUCACAUCUCCACGAUUAUUUUUAACUAAAUUACAACUUUCUUCUUCUUUUUCUUUCUCGUAUUCUUCUUCCUUAUAUUCUUCCUUCUCUUAUUCCUCAUCCCAUUGUUCUUUUUCCUCUUUUCCUUCCUCCUCUUCCUCUUCUUCCCUCAUUCUUCUUUCUCCUAUUCUUCUUUUCCUUUGUCCUCAUCCCAAGUGUUUGGGGUCAGCCACCUUGUCCUAAACUUUCAACCCAUUCUUAUACCUUUCAUACACAGACUGUAUAUCAUAUCAGCUCAUAUCAUUCUCAACCGUAUCCAACCACCCCUUUUUUAGUAUCAGAAAAUGGUAAUGUAAGUAUUUUGUAUACAUUUCACGUCUUUAUGAUUAUUUUUAAUCAAAUUACAACUAAAACACUAAAUCGGAUAGAUUUUAAAUAAUGAAGUUAUUAAUGCCAUAAAUUUGUUCGUUUUUUUUUCGGUUAUAAACUAUUAUUAUGAAAAGUACUUGGAAAAUUAAAACAUUACCAUAAACAAAUGUGAUACAUUCAGAAUCUAAAAAUAAUAAUAUUGUACUCGACAAAAUGGUAUUCUUCAAAUCGUAAUAAUCUGCAAUAAUUAAUGCUUAAACAUUAUUAUCUUCAUAAUAUUAACGACUUAUAAAGUUUUAGAAAGUACUUGAACUUUUUUAUUUACUAUACGAGUGUGUGUUACCAAUACUCUAUGGAUAGGUAGACUUGAGCUGACGCCGUAUCUACUCUUAAGCUUAAUUAUAAAUUAUGAUUUAAUUUGUAAAUAUUUUAAUACGGGAUUUAUAAUAUACAAUUACAAUAUAAACCUAUGAUAAUAGAAUGAAAAUGUAAUAACACGCGAAAUAUAUAAAACAAUUCAAUUUGUUAUAGAAAUCUCCAGUAUCAGUAUGGUUUAUAGUAUUCGAUGAACUAUGUGAAAGAUUCAACUAUUUUGGACUUCGAAGUAAGAAAACAUAGUUAAAAAUUAAUAAAUACAUUAACGGCUUUGUACCUACCUAAAAUAAAAUAUGCACAAUUAAGGUAAAGAAAGUCUAAAAAAUGUGUAUAAAUAAUUCUAGUUUCUAUCAUGUUAGCAAUUUAUUACCUAUAGUUACUUAAGGUGCUCUACAAAUCCAACAGUAAAACAUUAUUUGUAUUAAUUUUCAAUAUUUAAUUAUAUCUCUUUUAAUAUACAGGUACCUACAUACUUAAAAGGUUUAUCUAUUGGUCUGUUAGAAAAAAGAUCUAACAGUUUUCCCUAUUAUAUACAUGUAUACAAUAUGUAGGUAAGUACGAUAAUGUAUUAUUAUCAAGUACAAUAUUUGAUAAAAUAAUGCAUAAGUAUCUACCUAAGUAAAUCUAUAAGUUAUAAUAGUCGUACGUAUAGGUGAAUACGAACACAUAGGGUACGGACAAAUUUAAAUAAUUACUAUAAUCAAAGCUGACUAAAAACUGUUAUGAAAACAAAUUUCAUGGGAGUCUAGAAAAUUUGUCUAUUUCCAUUAUAUUUUGGGUCCCAAGAAAGUUCGUAUGUAAUUUUUUUUACCAUAAUUUUGUAUUUGUUCCCAAUUUUUUGUAAUUUGUAUGAAAUUAACUUAAACUCAUAUCUUACUUAAAACCAAAGAUAUAUUUAUGACCGUAUAUUACAUAUUACAUGUAUUAAUUUUGUAAAUUUCAGCGAUCAUAGUGUUAUAUCUAUCAUCAAUAUUAAAUUACUCAGACGAUGAUUCGACAUUGAUUUAUCACAGUUUUGUGUUGUUAUCAUAUUUUAUGCCAUUGUGGGGCGCCAUAUUGGCUGAUUCUUACUGGGGAAAAUUUAAGUGAGCAUUAAAAAAAACUUAUUCGUUUACCUACCAUAAUGCAGACACAGGUAUAAACACGUUAGUUUAUUUAUUAUUUGUCUGUUGUGUGUGUUUACAGAACAAUAAUACGACUGUCAAUAGUUUAUGCAAUCGGAAAUGUUAUCCUUACCGGAGCAUCGAUAGCGGACAAUUUUACCCUCAAUGUUCAAAGGUAAAACCAUAUUAUUAACAGCGUACAGGAAUUAAAAAUGUAUUUUCGAUGAAACUCACUAUUUUUCGAUUUGUAUCAAUGAAAAUAUAAUGAUGCAUUAUUUAAAACUAAAACCGUUUAACAAUGAUUUUGUAAAUUAUUGUGUAAAGGCAGUAUACACCUAAACAUGACUAAUAGUCUAACUCUAAUACGAUAACGGUUUUUUUUUUUUAGAAAUAUGUCUAUACUCGGAUUAAUACUCAUUGCAAUCGGAACAGGCGGAAUAAAACCUUGCGUUUGUACAUUUGGCGGCGAGCAAUUUAAAUUGCCCGAGCAACAAGACCAACUUGCUACAUUUUUCAAACGAUUUUUGGCAGGUAUCGAUGUUGCAGUGAUAAUAUCGACAUUUUUCGUUCCUGAGCUAAGAAAAAGUGUACAUUGUUUUGGCAAAGACACGUGUUUUCCACUUGCAUUUGGCGUAUUGUCUAGUCUUAUGAUAGCUUCAAUAGGUUGGUAAUUUAAUGCAAAACAAUUAGAAUAAAAACCUACAGCAAAUAUUUUAAAUAUUCUAUAAAAUUUUAUUUUAUUUUUUACAAGGAUUUUUCUACAAAAAAAUGUAUAAUUAUGAUAUAUAACAGUUUUAAAGAAAAUGUUGUAUUUAUAUAUCUAUAUGUAUUUGGGUACCAAUAUUGUUAAUUUAUAAUACGUUGUAAUUUUUGAAAUGUUCAGUUAUUUUUAUUUUGGGAAGAAAGUUAUACGUAAAAAGAAAACCGGAGAACAACGUUAUCUUCGGAACUUUUGGAUGUAUAUUUGUAAGUGUACGCUUGAUUUAACAUCGUCAUUUCAUAAGCAGUAAUACAGUGUUUAUUUCUUUAAGUAUGCAAUCCGCAAAAAAUGUACUUUCUCGUCUUCGUCCGAUACUGUACCCCAUUGGCUCGAUCUCGCUAGUGAUAAAUACUCACAAACUCAAAUUUCUGAUACAAAAUCGGUAUUGGAAGUUGUAUACAUAUAUAUUGCUUAUCCGAUUUUUUGGGCACUCUACGAGCAACAAGUAAAUAUCAUAUUCAAUUACCCUCUUCGAUAAAAUUACAAAUAAUAUUAAUUCUGUGUUCUGUGGGCAUUUCAGGGAUCACGAUGGACAUUUCAAGCUACAUUGAUGAAUGGUAAGAUAGAUGGUGUCGAUUGGGUAAUUAAACCAGAACAGAUGCACACUAUCACCCCAUUAUUUUCUUUAAUGCUAAUCUUAUCUUCUGACUAUAUUUUGUUCCCGUUAUUGAAGAAAAUUGGUAUCCAAAAUUCAAUACAAAAACUCAUACUGGGUUGUUCGUUGACGUCUGUAGCCUUUUUAUUUGCCGCUAGUCUUCAUUACAAAAUAUUUGUAAAUACCUACCGUAUUAUAUUGCUAUUAUCUACUACCACUGAACGCAUUUCUUUCAUUAGGGUGAAAGUACUGUGAUACCAUCUGGCGAAGGCCAAUUUAACGUAUAUAAUAGUUUGCAUUGUAACGUUCAUAUUAAUUCAUCGCUAUUGUACAACGAUACUAUUGGAUCAACGGGUUUAUCCAAUUUCAAGUAUACGCCAAUGUCGGACAAAGAAAUCGUUAACAUCACACUAACAUUGAAUAAUUCUUGUAAUCCAUACAUCAGUUAUGGAAAGCUGGACACUAACGUCACCGUUUCCAGAGGAAAGGUACUUAAUUAAACUUAUAUUGUAUUUUAUUCGUUUAUGAUAUUUAGACAUUUAGGCAAACAUAAUUUAUUUGUUUAUUUGGGUAAAUACAGGGGAGGUUCAAGUACAAAUAAUAUAAUUAUUUAUUUGGUACAAUACAAUAGUGAUAGCUACAAAUAGGGAAAGAUAAAUAGUGAUGACAACUUUUAAUAAUAAUAUUUAUUAUAGUUUAUAAUCUUUGAACAAAAUAUCUAUAAUCUAGCGGAAUAAUUUAUAGAUAACUGUCUCUUGAUCAGGGUUAAAAACCGAUAGUUUAAUUUUAACACUUUUAUACACUCUUAAUAGGCUUCUCUAUAUUACUCUAUGAGUUAGCCCCAAUAUAAGUUAUCUGAUCAACAUCAAACCAAUACCAAUAUUUCGUAAAUAUUUAACCCACACGAGGUGCCACAAAAUUAAGUCACACCAACUAGACUAUCAUUUAUUGAUUAAGCCGAACAAAAACGAAUUAAUUUUAAUUGUAAUAAUAUGAAUAGACUUUUUAUAAUAAAAUGUAUGUAUUUAUAUUUUAUAGUCAAUUUCUUACUUACUAACAACCACUGCAGUAAAUAAAACUGUUAUCUUACGUCCUAUUAAACAUUAUGAUGACUUUAUGAAGCCUAAAAAUGGACGUCCUAUAAUACGGUAUGUGCAAUUAAUAUAUUUUAUUACAUACAAUUUAUUUUCAAAUGUAGUUACAUUCAAUUUUCGUUCACUAGGAUUUUACUGGGUGAUGAUGUAAACAUAAAUGAACCAUUUGCACUCGUAUCUACCGGAAAAAAAUCUCCACUGUCAUAUCAUUAUAACAUAUCUUCAUUUGCAAGUGAAAAUUUCAAACAAGUGCCUUUUGGAAAGUAAGAAUUGACCACUAGUCACAUAUCAUUUAAAUAAAUAAAACGUUUAUUUUAUGAACGAGGACAUUUCUUAAGAAAAAAUUGUGUCCAAAAACAUGGUAUCCAUAUUUUUAUUUUUUUUUUUUUUUGUGUAGAUAUAAUUUGACACGCGGCGAAGAAGUAAUUUCAUCGGAUAUAAACCUUAUACCCGCGACAAUAUAUACGCUCGUUAUACAUACGAACGAUCAGAACCUUUUGGUAACAUACUAUACAGAGUGUUCUAUUUAAAUGGGUACACUCAGAAGUUUUUUCAAAAUUUGUUUAUAAAAAAUUAAAAAAUCAAGCAGCUCUAAAAUUUUUAAUUUCUAUUAAAUUUUGACACCCUUAUAUUUGGAAUUGAACACUGUAUUCUUUAUUGGUUUUCUCCAAAGAUUUAUCAACUGAAUUAAAUUUCUUUUCUUUUUUUCAAUCAUUAUGGAAUAGUUUUACCAUUAUGUUAACAAUAUUUUAAAAUGUUUACCUCUACUCCAUUUACCUUAAAUGAAAAUGCACUUUAAAUUUUCAAAUGGGAAACUACAAUUUGUUUAAAAAACAAUGAGUUCUACAAUGAAGAUUCAAUAACAUUUUUCGCAAUAUUAAAAUUUGAGUGUACGCUGAAAAACAAAAGAUUUCACUUUUUCAUUAAACUUUUAACUCGUUAAUUAGAUCCUAUAGAGAUUAUACGAGUAGGGCCCUAUUUCUUGAUAUAUUAGAACAAAUUUUCAGCUUCAAAAAUAACGAGCACCCUAUUCUAUUUGAAUAGAAAAUAUUUGUCUAAAAAUAUGAAUAUACAAAACGCUAAUAUCGAAUUUAUCAGUUAUAGUUUAUAGAUUAUAUAUUUAAAUCGAAGGAGUAAAAAGGAUAUUUUCUAAAAAUGAAUUACCCAUUUCUGCUCUUACGGCAUAAAUUUCAAAUUGACAUAACUAAUUAGAACUUAUAAACUGUAUUCACCGCACGAUAUUAAUGUUAUUUAUACCAAAAUGUUUAGACAAAUAUUCUCUACUCAGAUCUGUGUUUAAAAUCCAAAAGGUGAAGGUUACAAUGUUUGAAAAUCCAAAGUGUCUAUUCAAUUAAAGUGUAGGAAUUAAAAAUAAAAAUAUUGCUUUAAACAAUCCUAUAAUGACUAAAAAAAAAAACAGAAAUCAAAUUCUUUUAAAAUCCUCCGAGAAAACCAAUAGGUCAGUGGCGUAACUAGGACUUUUCUUUGGAGGGUGAUAUUAAUAUUUAUUAAAAAUAUGAAGAAAAAUGUAUAACUAACAUGUAUACUAUAUCACAUAAUCUGAUUAACAUUUAACAUUAACAAUAAAAAACGAAUAUUGAUAACGUGGCAUGAUUCCUGAGGCGGAGUGGCUUGAAAAUUACUAUCGGGCAAAUAUAUAUGACCAGAACAUUUCAAUUUUUCUUGAUAUCGUAUUGAUACCUAAUUAUAAUUUUUGUUUGGAGAAGUAUAAAAACACAUUUUUAGAAACUUUCAUCGAUGAAUUAUUAUCAUUAUCAUCCUUUCCAUAGUAUCCACCAAACAAAUUGUUUUCAAGAGAAACUAUUUCAGCCAAAACAAUUACUAUAAAACAUUACUUGUAGAAUUCCAAAGGUCAGUGGCGAAUCCAUGAUUUUUCAAUUAGGGUGUAGCUAAAAAAAAAAUGUUUUGCAAAAUAAAUAAUUUUGUAAGACAAUGAUUUAUAAUUGGUUGAAUAAAUAGUGCAAAUGUAUAAUGAUUAUUAAUUGAUUAGUAACAAUCUAAAUCAACAUAAACAAGCUCAAUUACUCAGUAUUUCCCAUACUCACCUUUAUCCUUAUCAUAGGAAAUAUUUGUUGCUCGUUAGUUUCUUUUUUAAGAAAGGUUUUUCCUUGAUCAUAACAACUAAAUUAAAUAACAGUAACUGUAGGUUUUUUUUCAUACUUGUCUCCAAGGUUAAUCACUCAUAAAUCAACAAAAAAGUUUCAAUAUUUUCAUUCCAAAAUUACCAAUAACUUACAUUGUUUUAGUCACUCUUUAAUUGUUGAAUUCCAAGAUAAGAAGUAGACAGUCCUAACCUAACCUAACCUUCCUAUUUUUUUGAAUGUCAAGUGUGAAAAGUUUCAUCCAGAUCAGAAUACAAUUGUAGAUUUAUAUAAAUAGUUAAUAUAAUUUUUUUUUCUUUUCUAAAACACGGUCAAUGGACCGUGAAAUGGAUCAAGCCUUUACCCCCCUCCUCUCCCUUGCAUACGCUAUUACCAAUAGUAUAACUAUUUUUCACUGUUUUAACCUACAUUAGACAAUUUUAAACAAAUAGAAAAUAAAUAAAUAAAUUUAAAGAAAUAAAUAUUGUUUAAUUCAAUUUUGAUAAUAGUUAAUUUACAACUUCGAAUAUUUUCAAAAUUACAAAUAAAACAUUUAAAUAACUUCCCCAAUACAUCAAUUAGACAACAUUUACUUUCAAAAACCACCCUUAAAGUUGAUUAUCGGAUUACAAAACAAUAAUAUUGUCAUUUAUGAAUAUCGACGGUUUCAGAUUCUAUUAAAAAAAUUGACCAAUACCUAUUAGAAUAUCUUCUAUGAAAUUUUAUAAGAAUGUAAAUAUAUGCAUCGUUCAGUUUAUUAUAAAUUUAUUACGAUUCUGUUAUCAAUAAAUAUAAAUCUAUAUCUGAGUCCUUUAUCCUGUAAAAACAUUUGAGUUAUCAAACAUUUUUUUUUUUAAUAAUUACAUUUUGAACACUUCGAGUCAUUCAUAAGCCAGGCUACUCCACCGCUGCAUGUUUCACACUUGAUAUUUUGAAUUUUGGGUUUAAUAAGUUAUUGCAAAAAAGGUCUGGUUCUCGACCUCUUUGAUGGGCAAGUCUGGAUUACGACAUUUAGAGACUCCAAGACCAAACUUUUCAACGAAAUUCUCGUUGAAAGAAUAAUAAUAUACAAUUUUUAAAAAUGCUUACUAAUCAAUAUAUUUUAACAAAAUAAAAAUAAUAAAUAGUAUAGACAUUAAAAAGAUCUCAAUUCAAAAGCCGCAAGUAUUUUUUAAAUAAAUAAGUAUAUUAUUUUUAACAAAGUAGUUUUUACUAUAUUAUAAAUUAUAAUAAUACGAAUAAGUCAGGCAACGAAAAAAUAUUAAAAUGUCAAUAAAAAAGAUAAUGGUUAAAUGCAGACAUAAAAAACAUAUAAAUGUGAUAAAACUGAAAUCCCCCCCCUUAAUCUAGACCUGUUGAGGGGAGGUGAUGCAACACCCUCAUCACCCUUCUUGAGAAAUUCACUACGCUGUGUCAAGAUAAAAUAAUAGUUUUGUAUUGAUUUAAAACAAAACCAAAAAAAUAGGGGUGCCUACAUUAAUAUAAGAACUUUUUUAUUAUAAUCAAGGAAUUUACAGGAAUCUAAAUUAUAUGUGGCAGAUAAAGGCAAUUAUUUACACAUCAUAUGGCAAGCUCCGCAAUACUUGUGUAUGGUUAUUGCAGAAGUGGCGUUUAUUGUUACAACGAUUGAAUUUUCAUACACACAAGUAAUUGCUACACAAAUAAUUAUUAAAUAAUUAAAUUUAAUACGUUGCUUUUACUUUCAAACGUUUGCAUAACACUGAACUGCGAUUUAGUUUUAACUUUAAUACGAGAUAAAAAAAAAAAGAUGGACAUACUUCGCACAAUUAGUGGUCCAGUGUCGGGAAAUACAGAAAGAGCCUAUAGGGGUAAUGGUAGGAAAUCGGAAAAUUCAGGUAUUUGGGUUUGCUGAUGACUAAAAAUGUCUAAGUAGCUCAUUAUUUGACACUAACAGGAUAUCAAAAGAAUGGAAGGUGUUAGCAUAAGACAGUGUAAAGUGGAGGGAAAUUAUUAUGAUGGAAAAACCUCUCAAAAAGUACUAAAUGCCAACAAAAAAAGAAAAAGAAGUAUUAGAAUUUUAAAAUUACAUUAAAAAUGUCUCAGUAACAAUAAAUAAACUGUCCUCCAAAUUUCAAAGACUUAAACUAAAGAGUAUUGAUAAUUUUACCUUAAAUAAGAAGGGAGACUCCAUCUCCCCACUCCCCACUAUAACCAUUAAUAAUUAAGUAACCUUACUUCAAUGCUUAACCGAAGUAAGAGAAAUAUGAAUUAAUUUAAGUAGGUACUUAACUCGACUGUAAAUUAUAAAUUAUUAUUAUAAUUGAUAAUGAUAAUAUAUUAUUGAAUUUAAUACUUGUAUAGGCUCCGCCUAGAAUAAAAUCAUUUGUAUCAGCGUGUUACUCGAUGACUCAAUCUAUUGGAAAUUUAUUAGUCAUUGUUAGCAUUUCAGCGUUGUCGUUCAACAAACAAGUGGGCAUAUUAUUUUCUUUACAUUUUCAUUAUUAUUUUAACAUUUUUAAAUAGUAAUAAUUAUAAAAUGUAUCUUUGCAUGCCUUUAGGUGCACGAGUAUCUGUUUUUCGCCGGUAUCAUGCUCGCAGAUACGUUGCUAUUGGUUUAUUUGGGCUGGAAUUACAAAUACAAAUCAUUCCAGCAACAUAUAGAUGGCAACAGUGACGACAGUAAGAACGUUUGGAAGAAUACAAAAUAAAUAUUACUAUAACCAAACAAUUAUUGCAAGUCUCCCUUCAGAUUUGAUUUGCUGGAAUUUUCCGAUCUUAUUGUAUCAUUAAUACAAAAUCGAAAACUUAUAUUGAAUACUUAUAUAUUAACUAUAUUUUUGUAAAGAAAAAAUGUUUUUUUUUUUUUUGUAAUACUUUUUUUGUAGGUACUUUAUAGAUUAGUUUUUUACGUGUACAAUCAGUGUCUGCUACACAAACUGAUUCAUUUAACGUUAGUACACUUAUUAUGUAGCAAAUUAUUAACUUCUUUAAAAAGAAUUUUGUUGACAUUUAAGAAACAAAUAGCUCUAAAAAAUGUUCAACAUUAGAUACCAUUAUUUUUUAUCACCCUUAUUUUUAUCAUUGAAACGACUACCUUUGAUAUUCAAAUGGCAACCAAUUAAGUAUUAAAAAUACCAUAAACAGAUGCAGCAUUUGUUUAAAUACAUUUUCAAUUUCCAUCAACCCGUUGACAAGAUAUUCAACUUUAAGGUUGGGUAUAGGGGAGGAUAAUGGGUCAUUAUUAAACGCUGUGCACUAUGCCAUCACACAAAUGAUGCUUCAUUACUCUACCCUACCCAAACUUAAUAGUGGAAUUUCUCGUCAAUGGUCUACUAGAAAUCAAAAAUGUUAACAAAAUGUAUUGAUCCUAAUGAGUACUCCAUCUAUUUAUGGAUUUUUUUUUUUUUGUCAUUUGUCAUUUGUCAUUUGAAAGUCAAAAGUAGGUAGUCGUUUCACUGCCAAAAAUAUUGGUACCUAAUGUAACAUUUUAGAGUUACUUAUUUCUAAAAUUUUUAAAAAAAAAGUCGAUACAUUACGAAACAAUUAGUAGGUAUUUUAUGUUAAAUGAUUAGCCCUGUAUAACUGAUUAGAUAAAUAUUUUACAAUGAACACAAUAUUAAAUUAUUCUCUAAUAAUACAUUAAAGAACAUUCUCCUAUUUAGUAUCCAAUUUAUGCCUAUCAAGAACUUCCUGUCUAAAUCAUUUUGACCUUCCCAGAUAUUUGACUGUUCCAUUCCCAAUUAUUAAUGCUUGACCAAAAAACCUGUUGUGAGCCGACUGUUAGAUCCAAAUGCGUGCCUGCCUGCUGGAAGCCUCCCGUCGGGAAAUAUUUCGACUUUCUGGGAAUAUCCUAUUUUGGGCCUUGAAUUAUUUUCACAAAUUUACUAACAAAAUAUUAACUUUUUCUUAAUAUGAUAUAUACUUAAAUUGAAACACUAAAAUUACAUUGACUUGUGUAAACCGUACUAUAAAAAUAGUAUUUAAAAUAAUGUGUAUAUCUUCAUACAAAUUAAAUAUUAAUAUUAUUUUGUUUAUAAUUUCCUAAGUAAAUUUUAUUGUGUUAUAAACGUAAUUCUUUCAAUUUACCUACCUAAUGAAAAAUUAAUUAAUUGUUAAAAUUUUGAAUGUUCCCAUUUUUAAUAGAUCUAAUUUAAUUUACUUAAUUUUAGUAUUUUCUAAUAUUUGUAUAUAAUUAAAUGAUAUCACUUGAAUCAACUAAUAGGUACCUACUUUUGACAUUUUUCCAAAGAAAAAAAGAAAACGGACAUAAUUCGCACAACGAGGUGAGCCACUGUUGUAAGGGGUUUAAAAAAAAUGCAAGUGAAAAAUAAGCAAGUGGUAAAAAAAAGCAAUAUAUUUAUUUUACAUAUUAUAAUACAAAGUUAUUUAUAUAUAUAUAUUAAAAUUUAAUAUAUAUUUAUGUAUAUUAUAAAGUUAUAUUAUUGGUUAGUACUACAUAUUAUAUAGUACCAUAAUAUUAUAAUAGGUAC